CCCCCGGAGCCCCGGGGCACCCAUCCCGGAGCCCGAGGCGUUCGGCGUGUCGGACCCGGGCGUCCGGGAUCCCUGUCCCGCGUCUUUAAGAGACCGGCAAGUCUGGGUUCGCGCGCCGGGACGGCUGAAGCCCAGCGCCCCCUCUUGGAGGAGCAGCGGGCCCGGGACGUCACCUCCGAGGCCGGAGGCCCGUGCCUGCACCCGGCUUCGAAGACCGCAGGAUCGCGGGCCGCGCACUCCCGCCCCCCGCCCCCGGGGCUCCUGACUCUCGAGUUCGGGAGCCACUUGGGGAACGGACCUCGCUCCUCGACCUAGGGCUGCAGCAUCCAUCACUCCCAAGAGACCGAGGAGUUUGCGAGUCCUUGCGCUCCCUCCCGGAGGUGACUUCAUCCCUGCCCCUAGGGUUCUGGAAACUCUGGAAUCCCGGUCCCCCCUGCCACACACGUCCCUACCUAGGAGACUCAGGGAUUGGGGCCCCCGGCGCCCCCGGCCGAGACUCGAGUGGAGGGUUGCAGCAGCAUCUUCCACUCGGAACACCGAGACCUCGGACUCUGGAUCUCAACUCGCUCCGGAUUCUGGAGUCUCAGAGCCCCAAGUUCACGACCCUGAGUCCGGGCUCUGAGCCUCCCUGGGGACCGCGCGUUACGGUCCACACUCGCCGGACUCCCGACCCCGGGGCCCGCAGCUCCCCGGGAGGUGCGAGUUGUGCCACUCAGCCAUGCCCGAGGGAGCCCGGGGACUCAGCCUGUCCAAACCCAGCCUUAGGCUCGGGUGUGGCCACCGAACUUGCGACUGCGCAGCUGUGAGCAAUACUCCGACAGCAGCCCCCGCAGCCCCCAACAUGGCUUCCCCGAGGGGAUCCGGCAGCUCCACCUCCCUGAGCACUGUGGGCUCUGAGGGGGACCCAUCACCAGCCUGCCCAGCCUCUAGGCCAGAGCCGCUGCCAGAGCCCCCCAUACGCCUCCACCUGUCGCCCGUGGGAACCCAGGGGUCAGUGAAACCCUCAAGGUUGGAGCGAGUGGCCAAGGAGAUCGUGGAGACAGAGCGGGCGUACGUCCGGGACCUUCGAAGCAUUGUGGAGGACUACCUGGGUCCUCUGAUGGAUGGCAGGGCCCUGGGGCUGAGCAUGGAGCAGGUGGGCACGCUGUUUGCCAACAUCGAGGACAUCUAUGAGUUUAGCAGUGAGCUCCUGGAGGACUUGGAGAACAGCAACAGCGCAGGGAGCAUAGCAGAGUGUUUUGUGCAAAGGAGCGAGGAUUUUGACAUCUACACAUUGUACUGCAUGAACUACCCGAGCUCGCUGGCCCUGCUCCGAGAGCUGUCACUGUCCCCGCCGGCCACUCUGUGGCUGCAGGAACGCCAGGCCCAGCUCCGCCAUUCCCUGCCUCUGCAGAGCUUCUUGCUGAAGCCCGUUCAGCGUAUCCUGAAGUACCAUCUCUUGCUGCAGGAGCUGGGCAAACACUGGGCGGAGGGCCCAGACACCGGCGGGCGGGAGAUGGUGGAGGAAGCCAUCGUGUCCAUGACCGCGGUGGCCUGGUACAUCAACGACAUGAAGCGCAAGCAAGAGCACGCAGCACGCCUGCAGGAGGUACAGCGGCGGCUCGGCGGCUGGACUGGACCCGAGCUCAGUGCCUUUGGAGAGCUGGUGCUGGAAGGCACCUUCCGUGGGGGCGGUGGGGGAGGCCCACGGCUGCGAGGGGGUGAGCGCCUGCUCUUCCUGUUCUCACGGAUGCUGCUUGUGGCCAAACGCCGCGGGCCCGAAUAUACCUACAAGGGUCACAUCUUUUGCUGUAAUCUGAGUGUCACUGAGACCCCUCGAGACCCGUUAGGAUUUAAGGUGUCAGACCUGACCAUCCCCAAGCACAGACACCUGCUCCAGGCCAAGAACCAAGAAGAGAAACGGCUGUGGAUUCACUGUCUCCAGCGCCUCUUCAUUGAGAACCAUCCGGCUUCCAUCCCUGCCAAGGCAAAGCAAGUUCUUUUGGAAAACAGCCUGCACUGUGCUCCCAAAAGCAAACUUAUCCCAGAGCCCCCAACGUCCCCACUGGACUCUCCCCGCCCUCGGGACGCUAGAAGUUUCACUCCUGGCAGAAGAAACCCAGCUCCGUCUCCAAGACUCUCCGGCAGCCGCCGUGGCCGCAGGCAGUCCGAGCCAGCAAAGGAACCUUAUGUCAUUUUUCCCCAGAACGAGAAGCCUCAAGUCAAGCAUGCUGGCGGUGAAGGGGAACUCCAUCCCCCUCCUGAGUUGCAGCCUGUGCUGUCUGCUUCUGGCCCCCCUGAAGACCUGGAAGAUGCUGGGCCUCCCACAUUGGACCCAUCAGGGACCUCCAUCACUGAGGAAAUCCUAGAACUGCUUAACCAGAGAGGCCUGAGGGAUCCAGGGCCAGCCACCCAUGACACUCCCAAGUUCCCCAGAGACUCCCGGGUACCAGUUGAAAGCGAGCCCCUCUCGUUCCAAGCCCUGCCCAGCCGAGAGUCCUCAGAGGAGGAGGAGGAGGAUGAAGAGCUGGAGACAGAUGAGCGGGAGCCAUCCCCACUCCACGUCUUAGAGGGGCUGGAAGGUUCCAGCUCGGCUGAAAUGCCCUGCAUGCCCGGCCUUGCCAAGAUUCCCAGUGGCAUGCCCAGCCUUCCAGAAAUCCCCGAGGUUCCCUGCCUUCCCAGUCUCUCUGACAUCCCUGGUGUGUUUGAGAUGCCCUGCCUUUCACCCAUGUCCAGUGUGCCUGACAUUCCCAGCUUGGCCAGCACCCCCUCCUUCCCCUGUGGCCCCUGGCUCCCUGGACCCCUUCAGGAGCCUGCCCAGCCUCUAGCCACCAGGAGGGAAUUGUUGACUGGGAGCAAUCCCAGAGGACUGGGCGAGCCACCCUCAGAAAGCCGGGUGGGACAGGAGGAAGACACGGAAGGCGUGGCAUUCCCAGCUGUGCAGACCCAGAAUGGCGCCCAAGUCCCAGGAUUCCCGCAGGAACUGGAAUACCGCUCUUGUUCAGAAAUCCGGAGCGCCUGGCAAGCGUUGGAGCAGGGGCAGCUGGCCCGGCCUGGCUUCCCUGAACCGCUGCUGAUCCUGGAGGACUCUGACCUUACUGGAGGCAGCCCCAGCGGGAAGGCAGGAAUGCCACAUUCCGAACGGUCAGCAUCCCGGGUGCGAGAGCUGGCUCGACUCUACAGCGAGCGGAUUCAGCAGAUGCAGCGAGCUGAGACUCGGGCAUCCACCAAUGCCCCCCGACGCCGACCUCGUGUCCUGGCCCAACCCCAGCCAUCCCCCUGCCCACCCCAGGAGGAGGCUGAGCCUGGGCCCCUGCCUGCUUUUGGACAUGUGCUUGUAUGUGAGCUGGCCUUCCCACUGAACUGUGCCCAGGAGUCUGUCCCUCUGGGUCCUGCUGCUCUGGUUCAUGCUGCCACACCUCUGUCUAAGCAAGGAGAUCCCCUGAAUGCCCAGAGUCUAAGUGUUCCAGAUUUGCCCAAGCAAGACCACCUGAGCAGCUUCAUUCCGCCCACCCCUCUACCUGAGCAAAGUGACUUCGAGACUAUGCAGGUUCCAUGCACAUCCCCUUCGCCCGAGCCAGAAGAACCUCCAGACGUGCAGGUCCCAACUGCCUCCACUUUGCCUGAUCAGAGUCAAGUUCCGGCUGCCACUUCUUCAACUGGGCAUGGAAACUACAUGGAGAUCCAGGUGCCACCCACCACCUCCUGUCUUCCUGGGCAAGCGUGUCAUGCAGACUUCCAAAUGCAAACCACUGGGGCAUUGCCCAAACAGGGAGCUUGUGCUAGUGUCAUGAUUUUAGCCACCCCCCUUUUGUCCAAGCAAGAAAGUCACGAGGACAGCCAAAGCCCGGAUAGUUCCCCAGGAAGUGAGCAAGUUGAUGACAGCAUUGAUCAGGGUCCAGCUGCUGCUGGUGGCCGAGCUGUCAGCCCCUUACCAGUGUGCACAAGCGACCCUGACUGUGAGAUCCCAGCCGCCUCCCCACUGCCAUUGUCACCUGACCCCCCAGACAUGAAGGGUCCUGGUACCUUUCCUCUGCCUGCAGAGGGAGGUCACCCAGACUGCUGCAUCCCAUGCAGCCCAUCUUUGUCCCAAGACGUUCAGAUGCCAGCUGCCUUACCCAUGUCCCAGCCACAAGUCCUUACAGACAUCAGGGCCGAAGCUCCCCCAUCGCUCCCCAAGCAGGAGGGAGCCCCAGAGUCUCUGGGUCCAGAUCCCAGCCUCACAGAUGACACACCAGCUCCCAGACUUCUACCCUCCCUGGACCAGCAGAACCCCACGGAUGGCCACGUUUCAGCUGCCACGCCUUUUACUGAACAAGGAUGCUCUGGGGACCUGCCAGACCUAAUAACCACCCCGACUCAGACCACCAUGGAGUUAUCAAAACCAAGAGGCCAUUUGGUCUCUCCUGUUGCCACAUCAGAGUCCUCAGACUGCACCCCACUCCAGAGCCCCUCCCUCUCCACACGCCAGCUGCUGGGUCCCAGUGCCGCUGCCCUCUCAAGGUAUCUGGCAGCUUCAUACAUCAGCCAGAGCCUGGCUCGCCGUCAGGGACCUGGCGGAGACGGGCUGGUACCCUCCCAGGGUCACUGGUCCUCCUCUGCGCCCACAUCACGGGCGCCCUCACCACCACCUCAGCCCCAGCCCCCAGCCCCUCCAGCCAGGAGGCUCAGCUAUGCCACCACAGUUAGUAUCCAGGUAGGAGGUGGUGGGCGCCUACGGCCAGCCAAAGCCCAGGUCCGGCUAAACCACCCUGCUCUCUUGGCAGCCCCCCACCCCGGAGCCUGUGGGCCUUCCCAAGGCACAGGGGGCUCCUGAUGCCCUGUCCCAAAUGUAAGUAAGCCUGGACAUUAGGCUUCCUAAGCUUCCAGAACUUUCACCAGGUGCCACCCACCCUUGCGAUAUCUGGAGUCAGGACACAGGUCUGGAAAUGGCUGCAGCUUUCCAUGCCUUGGGAUCUGUGUUCACAGAUGGCCCUUAUGAGGUCGUGGUUAUUUUGUUAAUUAACUUUAUGAAAUGC